AUGGACAGACACCGUGCAGCAGUGGAAGAGAUUUCCGCAUCCGUCCGGGAAUUCCAUGGCCGCAAGGAACCCUACAGGAUAUCUCAUGGCAACACGAACAGCACCCGGCCAAAGGGAAACAUGGGUGCCAUAGACAUUUCGGGAUUGGUGCACGUUCUCGCGAUGGAUAAAGUGAGAAGAACAGUCUUGGUGGAACCCAACGUAGCCAUGGACGCUUUGGUAGAGGCAACUUUGCCCCAUGGGCUGGUUCCACCUGUCGUGAUGGAGUUCCCCGGCAUCACAGCCGGCGGUGGCUUCGCCGGCACGGGCGGUGAAAGCUCAAGCUUCCGACACGGGUUCUUUGAUGAAACCGUGGGAAGAAUCGAGAUGGUUCUGGCGAACGGAGAAAUAGUUACAGCCAGUCAUGAUGAGCGUCCAGAUCUAUUUCGGGCAGCUCCCGGAGCCGUCGGCACACUCGGAAUCGUAACACUCCUGGAAAUCAACCUCAUUCCGGCGAAGAAGUUCGUACACACGCGCUAUCACCGCAUCAAUAGUGUUUCCGAGGCAAUUAAGCUCGUCAGAGAGGAAACAGCUAAAUCCGAGAAUGAUUACGUGGACGCAAUACUCUACUCCAAGGAGUACGGGGUGGUCAUCACUGGGACGCUCACGGAUGAGAAGCCGCAGGACGUGAAGCCGCAGACAUUCAGCGGCGCCUGGGAUCCUUGGUUCUACCUCCAUGUUGAAGAUAGAACAUCAAACCCAGGCCAAAAAAGUUCUCAUGAGCCAGGGGAGGACUACAUCCCUCUAGCCGAGUAUUUAUUUCGGUACGACCGUGGAGCGUUCUGGGUGGGCCGGUUCAAUUGCAUGUACUGGCUGCUGCCGUUCAACAGGUUCAGCCGCUGGGUUCUUGACGACCUUCUGCAUACACGGAUGAUGUAUAGGGGUUUUGAUACCGAGAUACAUAACACUUUUACCAUCCAAGACAUCGCCAUGCCUUUCGAGACCGCUGAAACCCUCGUCGACUACCUCGACGAGAGUCACCCAAUUUGGCCAUUAUGGCUCUGCCCCAUGAAGCGGCGCCCUCCGCCAACCUUCCACCCUUUCACCACACGACCGGGAAACGACGGGGAAGAUGACAUGAUGCUCAACAUCGGCGUCUGGGGCCAUGAGGGCACUUUUGACCCGGCUGCCUUCAUCGCCAAGAACCGAGCGAUCGAAGAUAAGGUGCGCUCGCUGGGCGGCACAAAGUGGCUGUACGCGCAUGUCUACCAGCCCGAGGAUGACUUUUGGGCUGUUUACGGCGGGCGCCGCUGGUACGACGAUCUGCGGGCCAAAUACCACGCUUCAGCGCUGCCAAGUGUAUAUGACAAGGUGCAUGUGCGGUGGGACGACGUGCGGGCGGGGAUUGCGUCGCGGGGGUGGACGGUGAACCGCUUUGCGUGGCUCAAAGCGUACUGGCCAAUUGGAGGAAUAUGGAGCGCAGCAAUUUCAUAUGCGAGUGGGGACCGCGCACUGCAUAGGAAUGCGUCGUGGAAGUGGAAGGGGGAAACAUGA